AGUCGGCUCACACCUGAGUUAAACUUUUGAGAGAGUAGCCUACAGGACGCUACGGUGGUAAAUCUAAAUCGAUUUGCUCUGAGUUACAGUGGAAUAAUUGAAAGUCUGUGGAAGCCGACAUUUUUAGUAGAAGAUGAAGUACAUUCUUAUGUUUGUGGUUUUUGUGCCUGUCCUGGUCCUUCUCCUCAAAUCCACCACAGCAUACCCACAGGCUGGUCUUAAGGUGGGAAGCAGCAGAGCACGGCGGCAGGCCAACUGCCCAGCAAAUCAGUACCAAAACGGCAACCUCUGUUGUUUGAAUUGUAAAGCUGGUACAUAUGUGAAGUCACCCUGCACUGUAGAUGGAGAGAGGGGGCAGUGUGAGGAGUGUGAUUACGAUACAUACAUCAAGCAUGACAACGGACUAAGGUUCUGCUUGAAGUGCACACGGUGUCGUCCAGAUGAGGAAAUUGUAAGCUCAUGCACUCACACUGAAGAUACUAAAUGUCAGUGCAAACCAGGGAGAUUUUGUGAUCCUAACCAAGCAUGUGAGGUGUGCUUGAAGUGUUCAAGGUGUGCAGAGGAUGAAGAGAAAGUGAGAAACUGCACAUCAACCACAAACACAGAGUGCAAGAAGAUCCAGAACAAAUCUGGCUCUGAUCCAGGUAUCGCUGUGGUGGUGGUGGUUGUGGUGGUGCUGUGUGUCCUCGCUGCCAUAACAUUUGCUGGGAUAUUUUUCUACAAGAAGAAAUGUAAAACGGGGUCUCAGAGAAAUCUGUCUGACAGGAGCAAAGCAGAACAGCAAUACACUGCCAUCCAGACUCCUGAGGAUAAGGACACUCGAAGACCAACCAGCACAAAUCUAAUCCUGUCCCAGCAUCUGGUGAGAGUUAAAUCCGCCAACAUUGCUGAGGAUGAGCGUCAAAUUCUCAAUCCAAGCCUCAACAGCUCAGCUAGUAACUCCCAGCACAGCCUAACAGACGCGCUCACACCUGCCCCCCAAGCCAGCCCCGUGGUCCCAGAGCAGCUUCACAGGAGGGAAGAGGUGCCACUUCCCGAGCUUGUUCCUGUGAACGGUGAAGAGUCUCUCAGGAAAUGCUUUGAAUAUUUUGAAGAACUAGAUGUGAACUAUCACAAGAGGUUUUUCCGUCAGCUUGAAAUUAGUGACAACGUCAUCAAAAGCAAAGAGAACCUUCCCUAUGAAGACAGGAUCCAUGAACUGCUGCAUAUUUGGGUGGAGAAAGAAGGUAAAGGAGCGAGCUUAAAUGACCUGCUGCAGGCUUUGAAUACCCUGAACCAAAGGCGAACUGCUGAGACGAUCCACCAGAAGGCUGUGGACAGCGGUCACUUCCUGCCUUUGUGGGUGGGGGACUGUGUAAUUGUCUCAAACUAGUAGUGGUCAGAAUAGGAACAAAACAAACUUGGACACCUCAAGUGUGUAUGUUGUUGAAGCUGCUGCUGUUUCAGUAAACGCAUCUUACUAGACUGUAGCGUGAGCUCUUAAGGUAAACCUGCCUGCUUGAACUAACUUAUUCCAAACUGACGGAAUUCAGUCGUUUUUCUGAGAGCCAUGUAUUCCUGUCAGCUCCGUAGAGUGUUAAGUAUUUCAUUAGUGCCUGUACAAAUAUUUCUUUUUGCUGAUCCCAAACCCCAUUAAAGGUUGUUUCAGUGAAAGAUAUGUUCAGACAUUUAUUGUAAUCCAACAGUGUCCUGAAGAGUCGAUAUGUUUCAGUUUGGUUCUGUAACUACUCCUUAGCAAUUCAACAGACUGUCAAAUGACCAGUGGAGUUGAUGAAUGUAUUUAAGUUAUUACAGUGGAGGGUAUUUUAUUACUUUUAAAGAGGGCUGCCUUGACUGUAUUAUUUACCUGUUGAUCCAAUGUUGUCAUGAUUGUGGGUAACAGAAGCACAAAUUUUAAUAGAUUUUUAGGAUAAAUCUUCUUUCUGUUGUACUUCUGUUUUGUUACAUUUCCUUCUAUAAUCCUGAUCAGCAUCAUGGACGUUUACAAAACCUAGUUUUCUACAAUGGUCUGUUUCAGUGCAGCACAUAAACAUUGAGUCUUGCCAGAGCUGUGUUGAAGCCUGAAAGUGAAGUCAGAAUUGUGUACUUUUCUACCUUGUUAUAGAUGUGCUCUACAGUGUUUGUUACUACUUCCAAACUUUAUUUGCGCUUUUUUUUUUUUUUUUUUUUUUUUUUAAAUUUUGUUUUGUUUCUAAUUUAUAAAUCUGGAAGAAUUAAACAUUCAUUCAU